UAUAAUCAUAGGAUUGGAUUUCUUAUCUACAAUGUCUGGAUACUUUUUCUUUCUUAUUGUAGUCCUUGCCUUCAUGGCUGCCACUGGUUAUGCCAAUGAUUUUUGUUGCGGCAAUGGACCUGUCUAUUGUCUUCAAGCAACAAAAGAUGUCUUCCUGGAAGUUGGAUCAAGAAACAUGAACUCGUACAAGUUUCUUAUAUUUGGCAAGCAUCCUGGUUUUGUCAAGAAAAGGAUUCUCAUUCAGUUUGGUGACAUACCAAGUGAAUGUGGAAACAUUGUUUCAGCAAAACUUUACUUGAAGUAUUGGUAUUCACACAAAGCCAGCUAUAUAAAAACUUUAGUUAAUAUCAAUAGAACAGUACAAGUUCAUCAGGUUAUUAUAACAAGAAAGGGAAAGAGAGGAGAAAUCAAAGAAGAUUGGACAGAGUCGCAGGCAACAAGUACUCAUUGCAAGACUGGAAUAAAAUGGAGCAAACCUUAUCUUGCUCUUGAUGGAACUGAUGCAAAUCCAAAUACUUUGGACACUGUUAUCUUCCCUCCUACUAAACCAUGGCUUCAACUGGAUAUCACUGAAGCAGCACAAAACUGGAAGAAUGGAGAAGGAAAUUAUGGAGUUCUUAUUUGGGCAACAAAUGAGAAUGAUGAUGCACGGGAUAUUCGCUUCCAUAGCCGUGAACACAGCACUGAUAAGCCAUUCCUUUCCAUCUUUUGCAACUAA